AUGCAUAAUUUUGACGACGAAAAAGAUUUGGAUCCAAUCGAUUUGCAAAGAUACAUAGGAGUGAAAUACGUUGAAAAGUUAAAUGAAAACGUACGAAAGACUUGGAAUGAAUUUCUCUUACAGAAAACUCACAAAGAUGUCGUUAAGGAUUUCAAAGAUUUAAGUUGGAGAGGUCUGUUAACAAACCGAUCGAACUUAAUGAGGCUGUCAGCGUCCUCCUUUGUGAUGAGACAACAGUUGCUCGCAGAGUGCGCAGCGAGUGAACAGCAAAUCCAAGUGACUGUGUUGAGAGCUUUCAAUUUGCCUGACAGAACGACAGAUUCACUGUCGGAACAUGACGAGGACACUGAAAGGAUUGCCGGUUUUAAAGUGAAGCCACUGAGGCCAUACGUAAAAUUGAGCUACCGUGGGGUUUCGGCGCAGACUGCGCCGGGCAUCGGCUGUUAUCCUUCGUGGAACCAAGCCAUUAAGAUAAGGGCGAGGUUCGAUCCCCUCUCAUCAAUCCAGUUCAACGUGUACGACGAGUGUAAGGUGAACGAGGCGGAAUUGGGUGAGGGGGCUUCGGACGGCAGAGCCGUCCGCUAUCGCUGCUUCAGUAGGUGGUUGGGGACGCUGCAGGUGCCCCUAGCCACGGUGCUCACUUUGGGAACGCUUCGCGGCACAUUUAAAUUGACUUCACCACCUUUGAUAAUCGGCUACGAGAGCCCCACGCCGAGGGAGACGAGAAGCCUCAUACCGGAGGUGAGGCGGAUGCUGCAAAAAGACGUCCCCUUCCUCGCGUUGAAGAUGACGACAAGCUUGUCGCAUCUCGGCGGCGCGCAGGCGCACAGCCGACCGGUGCCGAGCGCCUCCGACGACGUCGUCAUCGAGCGUUUGAACGCGUUCGCGACGGAAUAUUCGACCGAGUUCCCAUCUAGGAGUGUCUCGCUCGCCUCCGUCGACAGCUCGGGUAGAAACAGAUGCGUGACGGAGUUCCUGCAGCCGAUACCGUCACCGGAUCCGGAAUGCUAUCCGAUAAAUCCAAAGAGCGGGUCGGGAUCGGCCGUGUCUAGGAGCUCUGCGCUUUCGAGGAGUUCAUCCUCAAAGGGCAGUGAAAGACGGGAUUUCGGGGCAAGCGUCACUUUAGACGGGGAGCGUACAUACAGCUCUUUUGACGCAACGCACUGGAGACAACGGGAGGACCAGUUGUCGAGGGCCGUGAACAUGUGCCUGAGAUACGUGUCGCUGAUACCGACAUACGAGCACGCUGAGCAAGUGGUCACUUUGACGGGUUUGGAGUUGCUUAAGAUCCAGUACGGGACCGCAGUAGACCACUCGAUCCUGCUGGCCAGCUACUUCCUCCAUCUAGGCAUCAAGUGCUUCGUGGCCACUGGGAUGUCGUUGCCGCGCGGUCUGACCAGUUUCGUCCUAGUCGCAUACGACACGGCAGCCCUUAGGUACAUCACAAUAGACGAGAAGACGUACGAUAGACGGAGAUUUGUCAGACGCGGUGGGGAUUUCGUCUGGCAGGUUUUUGACGCGUCGACCGGCGAGCGCCACGAAUUGAGGGACGUCUCGUGCCCCCUCAAAACCGUCGCGUACGUCUUCGACGAGGACAAUAUAUGGGUUAACAUACAGUCAUCGCUGGAUUGCGAGAGCGUCUGCUUCGACUUUUCAAAGUCAUCCAAUUGGAGGCCAGUGUUCGACAAAUUGAAACCGCUUCCGAGACGGCCGAUCUUGUCUAUGGCGUCUAUCUAUGGCGCGCCCUGUGCGGUUGACGCUCUGCAAGAAGCCCUGGAGACAAAGAUCAGGGCGAAAGUGCAGAAAUGGCGCGCGCGCGUCAAAACCGUUUGGAACAGGUAUUGCGGUACGUUACUGGGGGAGACUUUGCCCCAAUGGGAGUACUGGGCCUUCAACUCCACUGAGCCGCGGCCGGAACCUAGCCCGAAACUGAAACAAUUAAUGGUCACUUACAAGAUGUUUGGGUUCCCACUGAACAUGCCGUAUACGAAUGCCAAGAACGUUCUGGCGACCGUCAAGGCGUGUGCACUACACACAAGCGAUGAUGCAAAAGUGGAGUUUGCGCUGGCAGUCCGAGCUUUCGCCUACCCGAGUGCCGUCAUUAGCGUUUGGGUGUACCUCGUCAGCAUCACCAGGGCACUGGCCCUAUUCGCUGACGGCACAGCCCUGUACGCAAGCGAUCGCAACAAAACAACAAAAAUCGGCACGAAACAGCCUAGGCAAAGGGUUCAGAAAGUGACGGACCUAGGUCUAACCGGAGAAGGCGCA